GCUUUUUGUUCCUUUUUUACGUUUUUAUAUAUCGUUUUGGAAUAGAUAGCCUGCGAGAUUUUAAAAAAUAAAUAAAUGAUAACCUGUAUUUUUAAAAUCGGGCGUCGUUUUGCGCGUGUGCGUCUUUCUGCAAUAAGGCGUAUCGUUACUUGCAAGCCAUCUCUGCAAAAAAAUAAUAAUAACUGAGGGAUUGGGUUGUUCCUGAUAGUCGGCGCAGCUUCCAUCUUGGAUUGGGCUCCUCUGCCAUGAUGCCAAGGCGCGGCCGGGGCAGAAGAGCCCAGCUGGCGACUUUUACCCGGAGAGGCGUGGCCCUCCACCUCCAGGAGCCUCAUUUCUCGGGCGCGUCGGAAUCCGGUGUUUCCCGGGAACCGUUCCCCGUCAUGGCUGCCCCGGCGGUGUCUUUGCAGCCGGCGAUGAAGGAGGAGGAGGAGCCCGGCCCGUCGACGACAACCGUGCACGACCUCUUCUCCUACCUGAAGGAGAAAGAAGACGAGGAGGACGAGGACGCGGCAGAGCUGGCCGCUUUCUCUCCGGCGGCAUCCAAUCAGCUGGGGGCGAAGGAGCCCGGCCACCCCGAGGCUCAAGAGAUGCUCUCGUACCUCAAGAAGGAGGACGACGACGACGGAGAGGAGGUCAUUGAGAGAGUCUCGUUCUCCCCGCCCCACGUCCUCCACCCGCAGUCUGCUCCUCCAGGGACCUACAUGCCCGCCGGCACCAUGGGCAGGGCGGGCAUCGAGAUGGUGCAUUUCUUCACCCCCAUGACGCACGUCUCGGCCUCUUCCCACCAUCACCAUCACAAGCGCGGGCGCGAGCGGGAAGUGCUGGUGGUGGACGGCAUCCCCACGCAUGCCCCCAAGAAAACCACCUCGGCCGUGUGGGAUUAUUUCACCCUGGAUCCCAGGGAGCCGUGUGUGGCCGUCUGCAGCACUUGCCAGAAGCGGGUGCGCAGGGGCAAGGACGGGGGCACCCGCCCUGGCACCACGGCCCUCCACAAACACCUGAAGGUGCACCACGGGCUGCACUUGCCGGGUGUCGCAGUGGUCCCUCCUUCGCCUCUGAUGCCCCUGAAGGAGAGGCCACACGGCCCGACCAUUGUGGUGACCGAGCCACCUGCCCCGGCCUUCCAGCCCGCGCGCCAGGAGAGGAACCAGCCGUACUACCCGCCGACGCACUCAGCAGCCAUCCAGCUGGCUUCCGAAACGGCCUGGAUGCUCGCCGUGGACAUGCAGCCCCCGUCAUACGUGGAAAGCGACGGGUUCCGCCGGCUGAUGGCCACCGCCCAGCCCCGCUGGAAAAUCCCUGGGCGCGCGUUCUUCGCCACGAAGGCUGUGCCCGAGCUGUCCAAAGUGGUGUCCCGAGCUGUCCGCCAAGCGGUGGUGGGCAGCGUGGGCCGUACGGUCCACAUCGCCAUAGACACCUGGUCGGGGUGGCAGACUGCCUCCUACAUGUCGGUGACGGGGCACUGGGUGGCCGAGUCGGCGGGCGUCCUCUCGCGGCAUCAUGCCACCUUGUCGGUGUGUGCUUUCGAGGGGCCCUGCUCCGCCGAGGACAUUUGCCACAAGCUGAGGGAGGUGCUGCAAGACUGGCUCUACGACCUGAAGACCGGGGGCGUGGUCCUGGACGACGGGGCCAACACGGCAAAGGCCGUGCGCGAGCUGCGCCUCAAGUACGUCCCUUGCCUGGCGCGCUGCCUGAAGCUGGUGGUGAAGGCCUUCUUGGCGGCCGACGCCCACGUCGACCGGCUGCUGAAGACGUCCCGGAGGAUCUGCACCCGCUACAAGCGCUCGACGGUGGUCCGGCGGCGCCUGCUGGAGGCACAGGCCAUCCUGGGCUCGCACCGGCAGCCGGCAGGGCAAGAGCCUCCCCGGAGAUCCAACUCCACGCUGCGGAUGCUGGAGAGCCUCUACCGGGAGCGGCAAGCCGUCAGCGCCAUCUUCGAGCAAGACGAGGAGGCUGCCUUGCUGCACCUGACGCCGCCGGACUGGAAGGUGGUGAAGUGUUUGGUGGAGAUCCUCAAGCCCUUUGAGGAUGCUGCCACACUGGUCACCCGCCCAGACGCCACACUCUGCCAGGCUCUCCCUCUGCUGUGGUUCCUGGAGGAGCAGCUGCGGGCCUUGAGGACCAGGUACUACCAGGAGAACAACAACACGGCGGCCCACCUCACCACACAGGCCCUGGACUGCCUGGAAGCCCAAAACCAGCUGAGCGAGAUGAAGGGCACCCUCAUCUGCCGGGUGGCCGCCUUCCUCGACCCCCGCUUCAGGGACAUCACCACCAUGAAGCUAGGCGGGGCUGACACGGGCGACGCAGCCAUGUUGAGGGAGCACAUCCUCGACUUGGCCACCAGGUCCUACGUACCUCCGGGGCCCGACGCCGACUUCUCCCCGAUGGGGCGCUCGUCCCCGCAGCAGCCCAGCGGCUCCAGCGGACCCCCCGGCUCGGCAGCGUGGCAGUUCACCAUGAAGCGCUGGCGGGCGAUUACCAAGAGUGACCCCGCCAUGGGCCUGGCGUCCGAGGGAGGGGCGGCGGCGGCUCUGCGGGAGAUGGAGGAGUAUCUCCACGACAACGUGGACCACAUUGGGGAGAACGCCGACCCCAUGCUGUACUGGCAGGGGAAGAUGGGGGUCUGGCCGGCCCUCUUCAAGGUGGCCCUGUUCCAUUUUGGGUGCCCGCCCACGUCGGUGCCCUCCGAAGACGUCUCCGGCGGUGCCAGUUCGUUGGCGGACAGGGGGCACCCCAAGGACCUCUCCCCGGCCAACGUGAAGAUGCUGACCUUCAUCCGAAAGAAUCGCCACCUCGUCCCGCAAGACUGGAGGCUCUCUCUAGGAGACCUGCCCUCCUCGCAAGGCGCCAUGGGGUCGAGGGAGGACUUGGAUCUGGAAGACGAGGAAGACCUUUUGACGGCGGAUGAGGAACUGGAGGAAAAGCAGUGAGGAACACAGCCAUGUGCUGAACCAUUCUCAGUAAGGGGGCAGCUUUCGUGGGCGUAGUUGCCUCGCAGAAAAGGAGGGAGGGUAGGAAUUAGUCCAAACCUGUUGUGAAUUUUGUCUGUUGUGUUUUAAA